UUCGCAUAUUUUAAUUCGUAUCUCUUCUUUUAUUGAUCAUUUGUAAACAUAACAUUUUUUUAACAUAAUUAAACGUUGAAAAUUCUCGUACACUGUUGCUUAUAAAUCUUGAAAUUAAAGGUUAUGCAUCGUUAACGAAAUGUAAUCCGUAAUGGAAAGCACAUAUUACCAACACUUGCAAGACUUUGCCUUAUAGCCACGUUUCUGGAAGAUGGGCUAAGAAUGUGGUUUCAAUGGUCAGAGCAAAAAGAAUUUAUGAACAAUGCCUGGAAUUGCGGUACAUUUUUAGCUACAAUGUUUGUCUUGAUAAAUUUAAUUGGGCAGCUCGGUGGUUGUGUCAUGGUUAUUGGAAGAUGGAAAGUCAGCAUUGCUUGCGGCGUCCUAUUCUUCAUAGUGGUCUUGCAGACAUUAGCUUACAACAUUUUAUGGGAUGUAACAUUCCUGUUUAGAAAUUUAGCAUUGAUAGGAGCACUUCUUUUGGUUUUGGCUGAAUCAAGAGUAGAAGGAAGAUCAUUAUUUGCCGGUGUACCAAGUCUUGGAGAUAAUAAGCCUAAAAAUUUAUUACAACUGGCUGGCAGAAUUUUAUUGGCAUUUAUGUUUACUACGUUAAUUCGUUUUGAAAUAUCGUUCCUUCAAAUCAUGCAGGAUAUUCUUGGAAGUAUUUUAAUGGUAUUAGUAACUAUUGGAUACAAGACAAAACUCAGUGCACUAUUACUUGUCUUGUUAUUAUCUGCUCUUAAUCUUUACCAUAAUGCAUGGUGGAGCAUUCCAGAAUAUAAAGCACUUAGAGAUUUUCUUAAAUAUGAUUUCUUUCAGACAUUGUCAGUAAUUGGUGGCCUUCUAAUGAUAGUCUCUUUAGGUCCUGGAGGUGUUUCCAUGGAUGAACAUAAAAAAGAAUGGUAGAUGUCAUGUUAUCACCAAAAUGUUCAUCAUUACAUUAUCAUGAUCAUUAAGUAAAAAACAGUCUCUCAUUCCUGUUCCUUUUGUAUGCUCAAUCAAGUCUAACAAUAAGUUUAUUAUUUGUGAGAUAGAAAAAAUAGAACAUACAUUCAUUUUGAAUUAUUCAAUUUGGAUAAAGGAAUUGUUGGAAGUAGAAUCUAAAGUGUAUAUUUUAAGAUGUCAGAAAUUAAAAUAUGGUUGAUUAUAGAAAAAAAAAUGCGAUUCCAAAAUAAUAUUAUGACAUGAAGAAAUAAAAGAACGCCAAAACUAAUUUAUAUUAAUGAUAAUGGCAUUGUACAUAUGACACUGCGUUUAUCAAGAAAAACAAAAUAUAUUUUUUCUGUGUGUUUUUAA